UCUCGGGUUCACAUAUUCAUCCACGCUGUGGUUGUUAAUGUCGGGAAAUGUUGCAGUUAUUUCACGCAUAAAAACGCUCUAAUGCAUGCUUGAGAAAUAUCAAACAUAGCUGCACAAUGAGGAUACUUUUGAGGAGGAAACAAGCGCCAUUUUAAAGUGUUGUGGUGGCGCACUACAUACCACGGCGGAGUUCUCGAAGGGGUGUCCUGCGUAUUUUCCUUUUGGAGAAAGUGCAACGAGUUUUGGAAAUAGAGGAGGUUGUGCUUGAUUGAACCGCGGCGAAGGGGGUCCUAUGGGACAGCAUCAGUUCUGAAACUUCGUUCACCAUAGUACCUGGUUCUAAAAGAACCCGUUUCGCUUCAGGACGAACUGGCAAGUUGGGUUUUUUUUAAACCUCCGUUGAGUGUUUGGUGAGAGCGCGCUUUUGUUACCAUUACCCGAACACACGCACCAGCGGUCAUCGGGUAUCGGAAAAGACACCGUUGUCAUUUGUGAAUAUAAUGUUACCUAGCCAGGCUGGGUCAACAUCAAGUGGAAACGGGUCAGCGUCCGGCACUGGUAACAUCGGUCACGUAUCGGGGAUUGUUAGCACCGGCAUUCGGCCCGGUCUGGUUAGCGCGGGGUUGAACGAAGUAACUGUGUACAGCGGUAUUCACGCCGGUGGGGUUGGGCGGUCGGGAGACGGGUCAGGGAUGUUGGGGGGAAACGGAACGGGGGUGGGUUCCCGCGGGGUGAUGAGACCAGGCAACGGAGCAGGACUAACCACUCUACAGAACACGGCGGGUGUCGUGGGCGGAAUUAACACAGGGCUUGGUCCCCACGCUGGCGGCAGGUUUGACCCGGACAGACAGGGUGCACCCCAGGUGUACAGCUGUUCCGAAGCCGAUUCGGACUCCGGGGAUGACGACGACCACAUGGGUUCAGCUGGGGACAGUAGGAGAGGGGUGAAGCGCGAGAGGCCGGAGAUGGAGGUUGCGACUGCGGGGCCGGAGGUCGGGGUUCCGCCUGGAGGUUACGGCGGCGUCGCUGGAGGAGUCGCUGGUGCAAAGCCGGGGAAGAAGACCCGGGGACGAGUUAAGAUUAAGAUGGAGUUUAUCGACAAUAAACUGAGGCGAUACACCACUUUCAGCAAAAGGAAGACUGGUAUCAUGAAAAAGGCGUACGAGCUCUCCACGCUGACGGGCACGCAGGUGCUGCUGCUGGUGGCGAGCGAGACGGGGCACGUGUACACCUUCGCCACGCGCAAGCUGCAGCCCAUGAUCACCAGCGAGACGGGCAAGGCGCUGAUCCAGACCUGCCUGAACUCGCCCGACUCGCCGCCCCGCUCCGACCCGUCCACCGACCAGCGCAUGAGCGCCACGGGGUUCGAGGAGACCGACCUCACCUACCAGGUGUCUGAGAGCGACAGCUGUGGGGAGGCCAAGGACAUGCUGAAGCCCUCGUUCGCGGUGGCCAGUCUCCCCGGCGGGGGCGUGGGCGGGGGCGGGGCCCAGCAGCACCCGGCCGCCACGUCCUCCGGCGCCGCCCUGCAGGUGAACAGCGGCGGGGGCGCGGGCGGCUCGUUUCCCAUGACCACCUGCUGGCCGGUGUCGGCCUGCGCCAGCAGCAGCAGCGUGGCCAGCACCAACGGCACCGUGCUGAAGACCACCGGCUCGCCCGGCCUGGUGCAGCUGCCCAGCGGAUUCUUCAUGUCAGGCAGUGCCCUCCCCCCUGGCACCCCUGCCAUUCCGCUCAGCCAGCUGCAACAGCACCCCCUGCAGGCUCAGACGCUCACUGCCGCCGUGACCGCGGCUCAAAACCAGCAGGUCUUCCGCUUUCCCUCUGGCCUCUCACUCACAGGUGGAGGCAUGGCUCAGCAGCUGCAGGCGAUCCAGGUGCACCCCAGCCCCCAGCAGAGUCCGAGUGACGGCAGCCCCGACCUAUCCCAGCCCUCCAGCAGCUCCUCAGCGAGUGCCACCAUCGUCACGUCCUCGGUGCCCACCUCUGUGGCGGGUCACAUGAUGUACCCCAGUCCGCACGCGGUGAUGUACGCCUCCGCCCCCACCCUGUCCGACGGCAGCCUGGCCGUGCUCAACGCCUUCUCCCAGGGCCCCUCCCACCAGCAGGGCCAGGACACGGGUGCAGUGCCUCAGGUGUUCCUCACUGCCCCACAAGGCACCGUGCAGAUCCCCGUGUCCGCAGUGCAGCUACAUUCUAUGGUGAUUGGUCCGCAGUCCGGCGGCAGCAGCAGUAACCUGACGGAGCUGCAGGUGGUGAACCUCGACGCCCCGCACAACGCCAAGAACGACUGACGGACAGUCGCCACGGACACGCAGUCGCCACGGAAACAGUCGCCACGCAGAGAGCAGACUCCCGCCCCUAUUUAUUGAUGCCUUCACACAGCGUUUUGUAUGAAUAUGAAUUCAAAAAGAAACUGAAAACGGUGGACGCAGCAGAAAGAGAGGAGUGUGUGUCGCCUCUACGCUCCCUGGAUCGGAACCCGUGCGCCCAAGAACUUUUUUUUUUUUUUUGUGUGUUUCUGUUUUUGUUAUCUGUUUAGUUUUAAGAGCAACUUUGACUUGGAAUAUGCACACACUGCAGGUGCCCUGGCCUCAGAGAUCAGCCAAAGAGAGGUGUGUGUGUAUGUGUGUGUGUGUGUGUGUGUUUGUGCAGGCACACGCCUGUGUGUGUGUGUGUGUGUGUGUGUGUGUGUGUGUGUGUGUGUGUGUGUGUGUGUGUGUGUGUGUGUGUGUGCGCGUGCGUGUGGUUCGGCACACGUUCAAUACGGUUUGAUAGAGGAUGAAUGGGAACCAAGUAGAUGUGGAAAUGUGUGUAUAUAUAUUUUUCUUUCUCUAUUGGUAUAUAUUCAUAUUUUAAGCCUGUGUGUGUAGCAGUAUGUGCCGUUUAUUAUUUUAUUUUAAUUUUUUUUUAAGCCUUUGUUUUGUAUGCGUAUAAGUGAGCACAGAAACGGAUAAUAUAGGCAUUAUUAUGCAAAUCUUUGUUCAGCACUCAUGAGGCAUUUGUGUGUGUGUUCAUUAGUAUGGAGUAGGAAUCCAGAAGGUUCUCUAUGGAUGAGAAGCCAAGUUGUCUUGGAAUUUCGUGCCAAAAUACUGCUAGUCAGGA